UGAUCAGCUGUGUCCAAUCACAGCUGAUCACAUGUACACUGAUCAUCAGGGCACUGAUGAUCAGUGUGCCCUGAUGAUCAAUGUAGCCCCAGCAUUGCCACCUGUCAGUGUCCAUCAGUGCCUUAUGUCAGUGCUCAUCAGUGCCUCGUGCCAGUGCCCAUCAGUGCCACAUCAGUGCCACAUAUCAGUGCCUACCAGGUGCACAUCAAUGCCACAUAUCAGUGCCCAUCUGAGCUGCCUUUCAGUGUCACCCAUCAGUGCCAGUCAGUGCCACCUAUCAAUGCCAAUCAGUGCCAGUCAGUGCCACCUAUCAGUGCCAGUCAGUGCUGCCUAUCAGUGUGCAUCAGUGCCCGCCUAUCAGUGCCAGUCAGUGCUGCCUAACAGUGCCAGUCAGUGCCACCUAUUAGUGCCAGUCAGUGCCGCCUAUCAGUGCUGUCUACCAGUG